AUGUAUCGCGUGGUCGAAUUUCAAGAUUCUUCCGUUGCGGUGGUUCUGUCAUCCUGGAUGAUUAAUAGUGAGGAAGUUCUGUGGGGACGGUUAUCAUCAAAACAGUUACAGGAUUUCCUGAUGCACCGUCUGCCACCACCUGCGUCCGCUGUGACGUACAAAGUACGAAUACACAGUUGUACAGAUGAUUACCUUGAGGCUAAAAAUUUGGAACAGAGCUUGCUAACAUCAGCCGAAUUACCAUCUAGCGACGCAACGAUUCCAAUGCUACGAUGGGGGAAGCGAAAAAUCACUGUAAAAACCUUUCCCGACUGUGAGUCCCCGCCAAUCGCAACGCGGGGUACUGUUGAAGUCGUGAACUUGGAUUUAUCACCUCCACCACCGAAGCUGUAUUUGGAGGAGGAAUUAAACGACGGUUCUGAUAAAGAAAAUGGAUACCUAUCAGCCUAUCCCCAUACAUCCAGUCCGAUUCACCAAGACGUUGCUCAGCCUUUACCUGUUUGCGGAACAUCCUGUGACAGCGCACUGCUGUUGGAAAUGAAUGCCACAUUGCGGAACGUAAAUCGCGAAGUGAUGAAACUGCGCGAACGAAUGACUGCUGUUGAGUUGUCCUUGAACGCGCUGCAUGCACUUCAGGCGCCAAGUUCCAGCAACGCGUGUCCAUUUCCAUUACCAAUGGAUACAAUAGCGCAACUGUCAUUUUUAAAUAAUGCACUGGAGAACGCUGAGUUCAUGAACAGCAUGGUGCACUAUUUAUCCAACGUAAGCGGCCGGACAACCUCAGAAAGUGUGCGGAACGUCAUGCUUACUUGCAUGACUAACAACUUGGUCAGACAUGUGAACUGGCGUGGUGUGCAUGAGAAGUAUAAAAUAGCGAACACACCAUUCGCGAGAGCGGUCCUUGGUAUGUUACCUUUUAAACAACAUUAAUAUCUUCACCAGAUUCCAUUAUGAGAAAAAACAUACCAGGAUGCACAGAGCCUGAUAUUGUUGAUAAGUUACGACGCUGGAUACAACGAAUUAAAGAGCGUGAAUCGUGGAUACGAAAGGAAACAGAACGGUUAGCACUGGAAAAUUCCGCUUUGUAAAUUAUGAGAUCCAUAUUACACUAUGUUUUCGCGAACUGUGUUAUGUUCAUGGCAUGCAAUGUGUGCGACCGCAUUAACGUGCUUGCAGUGGUAUGGGAAGGGAGGAUAAUGCGGCUAGGCUUUACCCGUUACGGCUGGAAAUCGUGGAAAUGUGAGCGUGCGAAGGGAGGCGCCACGUUAUUUUUCUCCGCGAGCGCCCGAUGAGUGACACAAUUUUGUGCCACUCGGGCGCCCAUCGG